AUGUCGAACUCAGAGAUUGACCUUGAUCUUACCGAGAUCCAUUUUGACUUCUUCUGCAAGGUCGGGGGCACGCCUCAAAUGCUACAUGCAUUGAUUGCUGCCCAGGAGGAUGAUGUUAGACGCUGGUCUUCUUGUCCUUCGUUUGGACCUUUCAUCCACAAGCUCUUCGUUCAGUCUCCGGAUGUCUCUCGUCUUGGACCCAUUCAUCCCACUGGUAGCAUAGGCUUCUUAGGACUUCGGCGCUUCAGCAACUUCCUCGCCUAUGCUGUUACAACUCCCAUUGAUGCUACAGCCACUCUCACCCUCCACAGCCCAUCAGAUGGUGAGCCUUUUCCUUUCCCCAUCAGAGAUAUUCUAGCCAGAUUUCAUGAAUACGGGCAGUAUGAACUCCACAAGGUUCGGAUGGCAAUCCGGUUCGACAACAAAACAAUCAAAUAUGUGGAUGUACAGGCAUUUCCAUCUGAGAAUUUCUUCGAGGCCUGCAACAAGGACCAGCUUCAAAAAGUCAACAUCAUGAAUAACUUGCAUUCGAGAUGCAAUGAGUUGUCUAACGGUCGCGAUUUAGUGGAGAUGGGGUUUAACACUCAAACUGCCUUCGAGGAGCAUCUUGAAGUCAUUAGGAACCGAAUGAGGGACAAUGGCUACAACAUCAAAAUUCACGUCCCAGAGGAGGUCUUUGCGAGCGAGGUUAAAAGAUUGGAGAGAUUUGUCAGCCAGUCUGGCUAUGGUUCUUUCGACUUGGGUGCUUAUAUGGACACGAACUACUUUCUGCCCUUGAUCGGCGGUGCAGUUGUUGGCACAAUCAAGAAUGGAGAAUUUGCCAUAUUUGAAUUCGAUGGUACAGGGGAUGUUCAGUUGCGCAGAAAUCACAAAAUCGACUAA